UUGUGAUAACAAAAGGCAGCACAAUUUGUAAAUAAAUAUAUCAUUUUAACAAGAUGUCCAUGAAAUGGAUCUCAGCUCUGUUGAUACCACAAUUUUUGUGUUCUUUUAACAUUGGGAGUUGUGGUAAUGUUUUGGUAUGGCCCAUGGAAUACAGCCACUGGAUGAAUAUGAAGAUCAUAGUAGAGGAAUUGAUCCAGAGGAGACAUGAGGUUACAGUUCUGAUACCUUCAAGCUUCAUUUUUGUUGGUGUCAAUGCAUCAUCUGGAGUUAAAUUUGAAACAUUUCCUACAUCUCUCAGGAGAGAUCAACUGGAAGAAUUUUAUACUCGAAUGAUUUCUAACUGGAUGGAUAUUGGCUCAAUAACUACCUGUUUGUCAUAUUUUCCUGUGAUGGAGGAGAUGUUAAAGGAAUAUUCUGCUAAUUGGGAGAUUGUUUGUAAAGAUGUAGUUUCAAAUAAAAAUCUUGUGACAAAACUACAGGAAUCAAACUUUGAUGUCCUCCUUGCAGAUCCUGUUGCUCCGUGUGGUGAGCUGGUGGCUGAGCUACUGAAGUUACCUUUUGUGUACAGUCUUCGCUUCUCCCCUGGCUUCCAACUGGAAAAAAGUGCUGGAGGGCUUCCAUUUCCUCCUUCUUACAUACCUGUCCUGAUGUCACGCUUAAGUGGUGAAAUGACUUUUAUGGAAAGGGUCAAGAACAUGAUAUGCAUGCUUUAUUUUGACUUUUGGAUUGAAAUGUUUAAUCAGAAAAACUGGAACAAGCUUUACACUGAAACGUUGGGAAAACCAACUACAUUUUAUGAACAAAUGCAGAAAGCAGAUAUGUGGCUUAUUCGAAGCUACUGGGACUUGGAAUUUCCUCGCCCUACCUUACCAAAUUUUGAGUUUGUAGGAGGACUCCACUGCAAACCUGCCAAACCACUACCUAAGGAAAUGGAAAACUUCGUGCAGAGCUCUGGAGACCAUGGCAUCGUGGUGUUUUCCCUGGGGUCCAUGGUCAGUGACAUGUCAGAAGCAACAGCCAAUGCCAUCGCUUCAGCCCUUGGACAGAUUCCACAAAAGGUGAUUUGGAGAUUUGAUGGCAAGAAACCAGAUACCCUAGGAGCUAACACUCAGUUAUUGAAGUGGAUCCCCCAGAAUGACCUACUUGGUCAUUCAAAAACUAGAGCUUUUAUAACUCAUGGUGGAGCCAAUGGUGUUUAUGAGGCAAUCUACCAUGGAAUCCCUAUGGUGGGCAUUCCUCUGUUUGCGGAGCAACAUGAUAACAUUGUUUACAUGGAGGCUAAAGGAGCAGCUAUUAAACUGGAUUUCCACACAAUUUCAACAACAGAUUUGUUAAAUGCACUGAAGAAAGUCAUUAACAACCCUUCCUAUAAACACAAUGCUAUGAGGUUAUCAAGUAUUCAGCGUGAUCAACCAAUGAGGCCCCUGGACAGAGCAGUCUUCUGGAUCGAGUUUGUCAUGCGCCACAAGGGGGCCAAGCAUCUGAGGCCUCUUGCCCAGAACCUCACCUGGUACCAGUACCACUCUCUGGAUGUGAUUGGCUUCCUCCUGGCUUGUGCUGCAAUCAUUACUUUUGUUCCCAUAAAGUGUUGUUUGUUUUGUUUUCAAAAGUUUGUCAAGACAGGAAAGAAAAAAAAGAGAGAGUAGAGCUGUUCAGAUACAUGGCUUUACACAUGAGAAAGCUUCAUCUAAUUCCACUGCCAUGGAUAGACUCAUUAAGAAAUGAUCCACCAUGUUGUGUAAUAUCUUUGCCUUGGAGAUUUAAACAUACAAUGCAAUCUUGUUCAAAGAAUCUACAAUUCAAAUUUCAGUGUUCAAUUAACAGUUGUAAUUUAAUUUUCACAUGUAUGUCAUGAUGAACCUUAAAAGAAUGAGAAUGACUGAACCCACAAUAUAUUGAUUUGAGACAAAUAGGAAGCCUUAUAACUAUUGUAUCCUCAGGUAUAUUUUCAGAUUCAAUAAAAUGUAAACCACUGAAUAUUAUUUUUAUGUAAAUAAAUCAGAGGCAGGUAGUAAAAGCAGGGGCAUCAUCUUGUUAAUGAUAACAAGAUGUAUUGAAGAUAUAUAUAGCUAAAAUAGAGGACAAAAAGUUCAAUAUAGCCAGAGCUCAACUUAAUAAUAAAUAUGAAUACUACUGUCUUGUAGCAAAAAUCAGAAUUUGGUGAAGUAUGGAAGCCAAAGUGAACCAGGACACUGUAGGAAAAUGGAAAAUUUAAGUUGGAAGGAAAUAGAAAAUUUCACAAAAUGGCCUGACAUCUGGGGUUAGUGAAGAUAGUACAUUGUGAAUUCUGGGAGAAUAACAUUUACAUGAGGAAAGAUAUAAGAAGAAGGGCAGGAUCAGCUGUAGGGACAAAACAAUGACUUAGGAAAAAUAGAAGACAUGAUGAAUUUAGCCAUUUUCACAGCACAUUGGUAAUGCAAGUAUUUAAUUUCAUGGGAUUUUUAUCAGAGCAUAUCUCUUGAGGAAUAUCAAAUAUAUACUACAAAAUAUCAGUUCUUUAACAAAUUUUCUUUGUUGUAACUAGCUUCCUUAAACCUUGUAUCCCAAUGAUAGAUUUCAUUUGAAUAAAGUAUCUUCUAUCUUCGACUGGAA